AUUUGUGCUCUGGUCCCACCCCGGAACCUUUAUCUGGGUGUCCGUUCCUCGGGGAAUCUUUUAACCGGAACACCCUGGAGCGGACACAGAACAGCAACCCCAGAGGGCGCCAUCAUCUGCGAACAAGAGACUGCUUUGUUGAAGCAUCCAGUGUUUUGAACAGAUGGGGCCUCAGUAAGGUUUAUGUGGACAGACUUAAGUUCCGUUACUUUUCCCCCUUGAGUUAUUGUUUCAUUCAUUUAACUCGCAUACCCUGGAUAGUUUGAUCUACUAUAAGGGAUCCAAAGUUCACCAUCAGAGGAGGAGGCAGGGCAAAGAGCUGAGCUACGCUUUCAGAGCAAGCCACUGAGUUCACCUCUUGAGUUUAUUUAGGAUUAUUCCAGCAUGUUUGCUUCAAUCAUCCUACUAUGGAUCUGCCUUGUCUUCAUCAUCCUUCAACUGAGAUCCCGGAGACCCAAGAACUUUCCACCAGGACCCACUAUCCUGCCCAUAUUGGGAAACAUUUUGCACCUAAGCCUAGAGAACCCCCUGAAGGACUUUGAGAGGCUGAGGAAGACUUAUGGAAAUAUCUACAGUCUGUACUUGGGUUCCAAACCAGCUAUUAUAAUCAGUGGGAUGGAGGCCAUGAAGGCAGCUAUAGUGACCAAGGGCAUUGAUUUUGCAGGACGACCCCAAGAUCUGUUUGUCAACGAUACCACCCAAAGGAAAGGAGUGAUUCUGGCAGAUUACGGCCCAAGUUGGAAGGAGCAUCGUCGCUUUGCUCUGAUGACCCUGAGAAACUUUGGAAUGGGGAAGAACUCCAUGGAAGACAGAAUUCAUGGAGAGAUAGAGUACAUCAUACAGACACUGGAAAAGAGCGAUGGAAAAACUUUCAGUCCUCAGCUCAUGUUUCAUAAUGCGGCCUCCAACAUCAUCUGCCAGGUUCUGUUUGGUACACGCUUUGAGUAUGAAGAUGAUUUCAUCAAAGUGAUCGUUGGCUGCUUCACUGAGAAUGCUAAGCUGGCCAACGGACCAUGGGCCAUGCUAUAUGACGCCCUUCCUAUGAUCCGUGGCCUGCCGCUGCCUUUCAACAAAGCCUUCAAGAAUGUUGAGACAUGUCAGAAACUUGCAGUUAAUUUGUUAAAUGAGCACAAGAGGACCAGAGUCCUUGGAGAGCCACGAGACUUUAUGGACUGCUAUCUGGAUGAACUGGAUAAGAGGGCCGAGGAAGGUACAUCAUUUUCAGAACAACAGUUGACCAUGUACGCUUUAGAUCUUCACUUUGCUGGGACUGACACGACUUCCAACACCCUGCUUACUGGUUUCCUCUACCUCUCUACACACCCUCACAUCCAAGAGCGUUGUCAGCAGGAGAUUGACUUGGUGCUGGAAGGGAAGGAUCGUGCCACUUUUGAAGACAGACACAGUAUGCAGUUUGUGCAGGCAGUGCUCCAUGAAGUGCAGAGGGUCGCCAACACAGUUCCCCUGAGUGUCUUCCACUGUACAACUAUAGACACAGAGGUCAUGGGAUAUUCUAUUCCAAAGGGUACGAUGAUCAUCCCUAACCUCACCUCAGUACUGAGUGAGGAGGGCCAAUGGAAAUUCCCUCAUGAGUUUAACCCUGAAAACUUCCUCAAUGACAAGGGCAAGUUUGUUAAACCGGAGGCCUUCAUGCCUUUCUCUGCAGGUCCUCGCAUGUGUCUUGGUGAGAGUCUGGCUCGGAUGGAGCUCUUCCUCAUCAUGGUGACGCUGCUGAGAAAGUUUAAGUUCAGUUGGCCUGAGGAUGCAGGAGAACCAGACUACACACCGGUCUAUGGUGUCACUCUGACACCCCAGCCGUACAGCAUGAAGGUCCAACUCAGGGAAACACUGUAGCGGGGUCUGAAGACACACAGUGGAAACAUUGGAGGCUUACCUAGUUCUCCAGAGAGAAUCAAAAAAGGAAAAGGGAUAGAAGGGAUUUCUUAAAGAGGGGAUGUUGGUGUUAUUCAGUAGCGGUCUGUCAUCAUGGCCCCUGUUUGGAGAAGCUGUCCAGAGCACUUAGACAAGAGCAAAGCAAUUUACCCCUGUACACAAGGCUAAAUGAGACACACACUUAAGCCCCUUAAAUAAAGUCUUAAAUGCAACAAAUAUUA